UCUGCCGUUUCUGCGCGAACUUGGAGAGCCUGGCUUUACUUUGGUUAGGGACUUGGGGAGCGGACAGAAAAUGGGAGCUUCGUUUCCAGUUUUCUCGAGCUGUGUGACGUUCGUUUCCAGUUUUCUCGACCUGAGCGCAGAUCCAUUGAUGUCACACAUAGAUUCCGAUCGCAGAACAUAAUUGUUUCAGACAAACAAUUGUAUCUAAACAACGAGCAAGUCCAGUUUUCAUCAGUUAUUCAUAAUUCUCCUCCGACACAAAAGAAUCUUGGAAACAUCGCCUAUUUUUGUUCAUCAUGGUGGUCAUUGGAAUGAAGCAAUGGAAUAUGAUAACUUCAAUGUGCUUGGAAUUACUUUAGAUACACACAGUUCCUUUUCUGAGUUGAUUGCAAAGCUAGUUGAUGGAAUUGGAAUGCAAACACCAUCAACUUCAUUGAUAAUUCAAUACAAAGUCAGACAGAAUUAUCCACCGUCGAUGAUGGAUUAUCUUACCAGGGGUGGCCGGAAUCCAACUGAAAUGAGAGACAAGGGGAGAGCGAACUGAUCGGAGAAUGCAGGUACCCGGUCCGGCAGAGUAACGGUAUAUGAGUCUUAAGAGUGCGAUAGAUUAAGCAUCAAGCAUCCCUUUCCACAAGUUGGAAGGUGAUAUUUAUACUAAGAGAUAAAAGGCAAUACUUGGAGCCCAAGCAAAAGAUGUUAGUCUAAUAGAAGAGAGACAUGUGUAAAGCUACUCUAACAAACUAACAGCUUAAUCUGAUGGGGAGCAGGCGAGCAGCCACGUGUAGAGUUGAAUGGAGAGGGAAUCUUCAAUAACUGGUUGAUUGGAGCUUGCUUCUAACAGAAUUGCUACCAGAAAUCUCGUGCGGCCACGCGUGGGUACCCAAGAAUAUUCCCUGGUGUUGAUGGUGACGUGGCAACAUCUCCUCGUGAGGCAAGUCCUUGCGGAUUUUGUCUAAGUCCAUGAUGCUUCACUCAACCUUGGUGAUUACUGAGGUCGAUAUCUGGGAGCUCGGGCUCGUGAUGAGAGGACUCACCCCUUUGUCCUCUAUCCCCGACUUCGGUGUAGUUGUCUGCCUGGCGCUUGUUGACCAUGUGUUUGACUCUCAUGGUCAGUCCUGGUACCGAUCUCGGGUGUCUCGAGGUCGGGCUCAUAACUGGUCGAGUCUGAUCGAUUCCUGAGCCUGGUAUUUUCCCGAGGUCGGGGUUGGGCGACUUCUCGAUCCUUAGCUUAUUUUGUUGACUGGCGUUUGUUCCUGACCCUGGCUGGUCAGGGUCAGGGUCGGUAUAGUUGUGGACUUAGUCUUUUCAUGCACUCCAGCAUGGGUCCGUGAUGCUUUAUACUGGCGAUUAUGAUACCCUUGGGGUAUACAGGAAUAUACUCCAUCAUGAGUCCCCCACUCUCCGAAGCGAAAGUGAAACUUGAGGUGAGAGAGUAAAUCAUCAAUUUCCUGGGCCUGUUCGCCCGACAGGGGUGCUACUCUUCCAUGGUCAUGACAAAGGGGUACCUCAUUAAAAACUCCACUGAGGAAAAACCCUAUGGGAAAAAAUCCUAACGGAGGAAAAGGAGUAUACUCCGCUUUGCCAUGAAGUCCGGAGAGGAAAGCGACGCCCCGCUGCAGAGAGGUCCGAGCUCGAGCUCCGUGUAUUCCGCAUUUCAAACCUGCUUCAUGGGUUAGUUUCUACAUCCACGGCCCGGCCGUGGGUUGAUAAGAUUUUGAUUUCAAAAAAAAUCGUAAGGAAUUUCAGUGUGUGUAUGUGCAGAGCUUGUUUUCAGAGAUAUACCUGUUUGGUGUUGAUCCCGAGGUGGCUGUGUUGCUCUGAGCUUGUUGUAGUCUUGUUUUGUUUUUUGAUUUCUUUCCCGAGAAUCCCACUUACCAGUCUCCCACUCUUGUGGACUUUAGAAUAUUUUCUAAGUGCGGAAGAGUAUGAUUCUGAGGAGGACGAGGCAGUUGCAUUUAGUGCUUGGUGGAACUAAAAGAAUUUGUGGCGUGUAGUAACGCUGAUGUGUACAAAUAUUCCUUUUGUAACAUUUUGAAUUAAUAGCCGCUUCUCAGCAUUUAAUGCGAUGGAUGGCGUUUGGAGUGAUUGUACGGCGCCAUCAUUGCGCCUUUCUGCACGCCUUUUUGAAAAAACCUUUGAGUUUUUUGGACGGUUGGAGAGUAAUGCGCCACGUGUAAGCUUCAUGUUCCUUUUUGAAGGGAAUUAUAAAAGGCGAAAGAUUUUUCCUUUCUUCUUUGCGCUUUCUUUGUGUUCAAGCUUCCAGAAUUCUCAAGCAAUCAUAGAGCUCUUCUUCUCCGGCCAGUGCUUACCGAAGUUCUGUUUUUCCUCAUCGACUUCUCCUUACCAGGUUAGGCUUCAGUGCCGUUUGUACGUCCUUCGUCGGUCGCAGUUUAGCCGGAAAACCCAGAAUGAGAGGUUUUCCAUCAAACUGGCUUUCUGAGUAAUGGGGGGUUUACAGUCCCCCAUUCUUGAUGAGGUUGGUACCUCUGGGCUCGGAAUCGCAUGCUGAUGUCGAUUCGAGCGUUUAAUUUUUAUUUGGGGGUCGGGUUAUUGGUUCUCAACCCCAAUUUUGAUUUUCUGCAUGUAUGUUUUUUGUUUUGCAGAUUUCGAAGAAUGUCUUCUCACAGUGCCUUUGUCAACACUGAAGACAAUGUUGUUGUUCCUCGUGGGGUGGAAGAAGUUCCCGUUGUAUUCGACGUGCCUCCCCUUCGCUCAUUCAGGAGACGGAAAGGCGGCAAAGGGAAGUGUGGGGGUGCGGUGGGCACCCUUGCAGAGAAUGGGCCUCUUGUAGAUGUGUGUGCCCUUACCGAUGCUGAAUGGGCCGAAGCCAGGCGUAUGGUCAGUCCUACCGUUGACAUCAUGAGGCCUGAGGUGGGGAGUUUGGCGUCCUCCUGCCCCUCGGGUUACUUCACGGUUCACCUCGAUGCGAUGGACCAUGGCCUUCGCUUCCCGUUGCACCCAUUCUUUGUCGAGUACCUCAACUGGGUUGGGUUGCUCCCUUGCCAGGUAACCCCCAAUGGGUUUUAUUUGAUUGCCGGUUUCCUCCCGCACUACAAGAUUUUGGGCCUGGGGGUUAGUGUUGGCCUUUUUAUGCAUUUGUUCCAAAUCGAACUCAACAGUUCGCUGGAGAAUCAGGGCUAUGCCCUUAUCUCCCAACGGUCUGGCAGGAAUGGGUUCCACCACACCCCCUCGUCACACCACGAAUGGAAGCACAAGUUUGUGUUCGUCUGUACCGAUAGGGAAGGGGGUCUCCCUUUACUGCUCCUGGUGCUCUUUCCUUCAACAUGCACGACGC